AUUGGACCGACGAUUUCACUAUUAAAUUUAUAAAUAUUUAUUAACAACAUCCUGUGUUGUGGGAUGCCACAAACUCCCAUUACAAAAUAAAAUCCAAAAAAUGUGAAGCGUGGGAUUCCAUCGCGACAGAACUUUGCGUAGAUGUGGCCGAAUUAAAACGGAAAAUGACCAGCUUAUUAGCCACUUACAGGAAAGUCCGUCAGAAGAAAAAUGAGCCUGGGAAGUCUGGCGCUGUGGUCGAAGAAGCGAGCGCUCCAAAUUGGUUCGCUUUCAAAGCGUUCGAAUUUCUGCACUGCAAAUAUCAGCCGCGGAAGACAAUCAACACAGACGGAUAUCAAGAAACAGAACCUAUACAUGUGUCUUCGUCAGAACCUCCAAAAAAGAAGAAACGGAAGCGUAACAUGAUAUCAGCUACAUUUGACAUGAUGAAAACAUGCACCAGUGCUCUGCAGCAGCUCAGAAGGGAUGAUUUGAACGAAUUUGAAGCUACUGGAAUUAAUGUGGCUAAGAAAUUACAACGGAUGGACCCUAUACAGGCAAUACAUGCUGAAUCUUUAAUUAAUACAGUGCUGAAGCGAGGUUUACUGAAAACAUUGACUGCGCAGACUGAUUUGUGUGAUAAUAAUGCAUGUAAUGUGAGAUUGUUGUCAGCGCGCUGCCAUGCUUCAGCACCUUUUUCCCCAUCUCCUUCUGCAUCUACAGAGUCUCACACUUCUGCUCCUGAAGUUACUUCCCUCACUACAGUAUAACGCCAAUACGAUAAUUAUGUGACCACAGAGUAAUAAUAGUGACAAGUAUUUUUUUAGUUUUUGAGCAAUGAAAUCGCUAAAAUUUUGAUGCUUUUUUAGUUUUUUCAGCGUAAUUAUAAUCAAUUUAUUAAAUAAUAAUUAUUAAUAAAAUAACCAGUACUUUUAA